GAUGAGCUAUUAAUGUUUUCCAGUACAAAAAUUGAGUGAAGAGCUGACUAUGUAGGGUGUUAGUUUAUCAUCAACAUGCUUUAAUAUAUACUGAGUUGUAGAGAUGGAGGCUCAGCUAAUCUGAUCAUGAAGAUCAACCAUGAGAAAAUCCUCUCACUCACAUACCAUUUCUCUUCAUCAUCUGCACUUUGUACUGUUCAUCUUCUGCUUUGCCUAAUAUGCAGUGUUACUCAUCCCACUUCCAUUGUAUCAGCUACUCCCUACUCAAAUGAAACUGAUAGGAUUGCCCUUCUAGAUUUCAAACGCCGAAUUUCUUAUGAUCCGCAGGGAGUAUUGCUCAACUCGUGGAAUGACUCAGUGCAUCAUUGUCACUGGCAAGGAGUGAGUUGUGGUGGGCGACACCAGCGAGUUGUGGCGUUGAUGCUUCCUGAGAAGGGCUUGAUCGGAACCCUAUCUCCUCAAAUCGGAAAUCUCACUUUCCUCAGGGCUGUUGAUCUUAAUAGCAACGGAUUUCAUGGUGGAAUUCCCGGAGAAAUUGGGAAUUUGUUUCGAUUGAGAUUCCUCAAUCUGUCUUUGAAUGCACUGACGGGAGAAUUAGCCGCGGUUAACCUAAGUAGCUGUUUGCAACUCAGGCUUGUUAACUUGUAUCAAAAUGGCCUCCAUGGGAGGCUUCCUAUAAAGCUUGUUUGUUUGAAGAAGUUAGAGUUGCUUAAUCUGGGAAAUAACCAGUUGACAGGUGAGAUUCCUCGAGCUUUUGGGAAUUUUUCAUCGCUCCGAGUACUUGCCUUGUUACGCAAUCAGUUGGAGGGGAGAAUUCCUGAUGAGAUCGCACAAAUUUGGGGCUUAAAAGCCCUUUCACUUGCUGCAAACAAUCUCUCUGGUAAUCUUCCUUCUUCUCUCUUCAAUAAGACUUCAAUUACAUAUUUUUCAGUAACUGCAAACUCACUUCAAGGAACCAUUCCCAGCUACAUAGGAGACACCAUGCCAAACUUGAAAGCUUUCUUUUUUGGUGCCAACAAAUUCCAUGGAAAUAUCCCUAUUUCAUUUCCCAAUGCCUCUAAGCUUCAAAAUCUUGAAUUAUCACAAAACUAUCUUGUAGGCAAAGUUCCUGGUAAUAUUGGGAUGUUAAAAGAUCUUCAGCGUUUGAACCUUGAGCUCAAUUCUCUUGGUAGCAAUGAUCCCCUGAAUGAUUUGGCUUUUAUGACCUCUCUGUCAAAUUGUAGUAAUUUGGAUGUAUUUUCAAUUCAUAAAAAUAGAUUUGAAGGUAAAUUGCCAAACACCAUAGCUAACCUUUCAUCCACACUCUCUUUUUUGUUUCUAGGAGGGAAUAAGUUAUCCGGAACUAUACCAAUAGGAAUAAAGAAUCUAGCUAGCUUGGCAGGUUUAGGUUUAGAAGAAAACCUUUUCUCAGGUGUUAUUCCUAGUGAGAUAGGUGGCUUGCAAAAACUUCAAAAGCUGUAUUUACGUGUAAACCAAUUUUCUGGAAAAAUACCGCUAACAUUUUGUAACCUCACUUCUCUAUCUUCACUAUAUAUGGACAACAACAAUUUAGACGGCGAUAUACCUUCAACCGUGGGAAACUUUUGGAGUUUGAAUGAAUUAGUCUUGUCGAGUAAUAGACUCAGCGGCACCAUUCCUCAACAAGUUUUUUACUUGCCUUCUUUGUCUAAGUACCUUGACCUCUCUAAUAAUUUAUUCACUGGCCUGUUAUCUCCUGCCGUAGGCAAAUUGAAAACACUAAAUGUGUUAGACGUCCCUGGAAACAAACUAUCAGGCAAAAUUCCAGACACAAUAGGGGAUUGUUUAAGCCUUGAAUAUCUUGAUUUGCAUGCUAAUCUCUUUGAAGGGAAAAUCCCACCUUCUUUGGUUUCCUUAAAAAACAUGAAGUAUUUGGAUUUCUCAAACAACAAGUUGACUGGAGAAAUACCGAGAGAACUCCAAAAGCACCCUCUCUUGCAAUAUUUAAACCUUUCUUUCAAUGAUCUAGAAGGUGAGGUGCCAACAGUUGGAAUUUUUGCUAAGGCAAACAAUGUAUCAUUGGUUGGAAACAAAAAACUUUGUGGUGGUAUACCUGAACUAAAGCUACCUCCAUGUCUUGUGAAGAAAAGAAAACAUAGAAAGCAUAUAAAACUUAUGAUUCUUAUCUUCACAUGUGUCAGUGUGGCUCUAGUCUUUGCAUCCCUUCUAUUAUCAUUGCACUGGAGGAAGGACAAAAGAAAGGAGUCUUCUAAGCUAUCCAAAGUUGAAAAGCUAUCCAUAAUCACUUAUAGUGAUCUGCACAAAGCUACUGAUGGCUUCUCUGACAUAAAUUUGAUCGGUACUGGUGGUUUUGGCUCGGUUUACAAAGGAAGGUUUAAGCAAGGUGAAGAACAAACAGUUGCGGUAAAGGUACUUGACCUCCUAAAGAAUGGUGCUUCAAAGAGUUUUCUUACAGAAUGUAAAGUAUUAAAGAACAUACGCCAUCGCAAUCUUGUUCCAAUUUUGACAUGUUGCUCAAGUUGUGAUGCCUCAGGCAAUGAAUUCAAAGCUCUUGUCUAUGAGUUUAUGGAAAAUGGGGAUCUCAAUACAUGGUUACAUCCACAUUCUUGUGAUGGGAGUACGCAUUUUCUGAGUGUUGUUGAAAGAUUAAACAUUGCAAUUGAUGUUGCUUCUGCAUUGCAUUAUCUCCAUGAUGAUUGUGAACCAACAGUUAUUCAUUGUGAUCUAAAGCCGAGCAAUAUUCUUCUCGAUAAAGACUUAAUUGCUCACGUUGGAGAUUUUGGGAUAUCAACGCUUUAUUCACAAAAAGUUGAAAAUUCGUCUAGAGAGCAGACUUUGUCAAUCGGAUUAAAGGGAUCCAUUGGCUAUGUUCCACCAGAAUAUGGAAUAGGAGCACAUGCAUCGACUUUUGGAGAUGUAUAUAGCUUUGGAAUCCUUUUGCUGGAAAUGUACACUGCAAAGAGACCCGUAGAUGAUUUUGUUAAUGAUGGUUGUAGUAGCCUCUACGAUUAUGUUGAGACAGCGCUGCCAGAGCAGGUGAUGAAGAUAGUAGACCCAUCGCUUUUAGCGUGCCUGGAAAUCCAGCAUGGAACAGAACCAGAUGAAGAAUUGAACAAUCAAUGCAAUUUGGUGGGGAUUGAAGAGAGCAAGAUGCACAGUUUCUUCUUCUCUAUUUUCAAAAUCGGGCUCACUUGUGCUUCAAGAUCACCAAUGGACCGCAUGCAUAUGAGGGAUGUGACCAGGGAUUUACACAAGAUUAAAAAGGCCUUCUUUGUAUAAAAAUAAGCAAACAUCUAAAAAAGUGUUACUUAGCCUAAUAUGUGUUACUCUGUAUUUCUUCUGUUAUAUGAUGGCCUGUGGAACAAGUAGCCUGUUAUAUCAAGUGCUAUGCUUUUUUCGGAGACUUA